UGUGCCCAGCUACUAGGACGUGGUGUGGGAGGACGACACCUCCUUCGAGUGGGACGUGCGACAAGUGCCGGAGACCACUGUCGUCGAGGGUUUCACCACUCGCGCGGUGGAAUCUGCGGCUGUGGGGCCACAACCGCAGGACAGGCAGCUAGUGAUGGUCUUGCCGACCGAGCGGUUUGAUUUAGAGCAGGGAGCUGUAGUGGGAGUAACUCGUGCGGUAAUGUGGUGGGUUCCAGGGUUGCCUGUUUACUGCAAGCUGGUGAACUGUAAUAAGGAGAAGGUGGCAGUCGAGGGUAGCCGGGUGAUAGCUUGCAUGGUAGCACUCAAUGUUUGCGACAAGCCGGCUUUCGAUUCGCUGUUGACACCGCCCCCUCUGCUGCCGACCCACCCCUGCCUCCCCGUGGACCGCGCGCCCCGAGCCCGUCCCCACCUAAUGGGACAUCCAUCCCGCGUGUUCGCGUAGAGGACGCCAACCUGGAGACGCUGGGGUCGCUCAAGAAGCAGCUCGUCAACGCCCUCCCAGCGUUCAUCGAGGGCGGCCUGUUUCCGAUCGACCCGAAGCGAGUGCCGGCUUGCAUCAACGGUGAGGUUGAGCUUCCUCUGAUCAACGAGUUUUGCACACCUUUCGCAGCCAAGCAAAGGCGUUUCUCUCCAGAAGAACGACGCAUGAUCAGGGCAGAGAUUCAGCAGUUGGUAGACCGAGGAGUGAUCCGUCAAUCCAUGUCUCCGUGGGCUGCCCAGUGCUUGUGCGUUGAGGAGGAUGGUAAGCUGCGACUGUGCAUCGACUGGCGUGAACUCAACAUACUCUUGGUCUCGGAUGGUGGGGGUGUGGGUGACAUGCAGACGAUAUUCGACGGGUUGAAGGACAAGAAGUAUUGCAUUCAGCUAGACCUCGCCUCCGGUUUUCACCAGAUGGAAAUCGCCGAAAAGACCGUUCCAAGACGGCCUUUCGAGAUGCGGAUGGUAUGCUUUGGGACUUCACUCGCACGGGUUUUGGCCUGACGGUGCUUCGGCGGCCUUCACUCUUAGAGUAAAGUCGGCUUUGGGGCACCUAUCGGGCGUGUUUUGCUGACUUGACGACAUUCUCAUCGCUAGCGACACAUGGGAAGAACAUCUGGCCACUCUGGCGCUCGUUCUGAACCGCCUUCUGGCUGCGGGGCUGUCCGUGAACUUCGCGAAGAGC